AUGAAACAUAUUUUCACAAUGUUCCUUCCUUUCUUCCUUCCUUCCUUUCUUCUAUCUAUCUAUCUAUCUAUCUAUCUAUCUAUCUAUCUAUCUAUCUCAGUCUCCGACCAAAGUCUGUUCAUAUCUAUCUAUCUAUCUAUCUAUCUAUCUAUCUAUCUAUCUAUCUAUCUAAAAUUACUUACAAACUUUCUCCCUUCAUCUUCUUUUUUCCGUUCUUUUCCUAAACCCUCUCUUUCCUUGCAUUCGUUUAUUAUCUUUCCUCUUUUUUGCAACGUUAAAAUAAUCUGUUUAUUUAUAUUUUCUUUCUUUCUUUCUUUCUUUCUUUCUUUCUUUCUUUCUUUCUUUGCCUCGUUAUAUUUUUGUCUCUCUUUGGAUUUCUUUUCCCAUCUGACGCUUCCCAUCUUUCACGACGCUGAUACGAUUGUCUACGUAAAUGCAUUUGUCGCUUAUUCAGAACCCUUUUUCUUGUUUUUCUUCUUUGUCGAUUACUUUAUUGUCUUCGGGACAUGCAAUAUCUCUGAUGAUGCAUGUUCUUUUUUUUUACUGUAUCUAUCACCACAAUGUCUGGUUUUCUAUGCAAUACUCCAUGGCCGGGAGGGUUUCUUUAUUUAUGUGCGGCCCAGCAUUUCCGUAGCCAUCGCGCAGGCUCGUAGCGCUUUGCACUUCAUUAUUGUCUCUCGAGACCGUCGGAGGCCAACGCAAUACAACGCAGAAAAGCAACGGAGUCACUUAUCUGACAGAAUGUAA